AUGUACCCAUGCGAAGCCAUAUAUACGUCUCGCCCUCGCUGGCUGCCUCCCCACUCAUCAUGGGCCUCUUCAGCAGCAGCACCCCGGAGGAGAAGGAGGAGAAGCUCCUGCACAAGGGUGCGUUGCGCGCCGUCCCUACUGACGCCAGAGGCGAAGAAUGACGAGAAAGCCGUCAAGCAGGCGCUGAAAGACCUGGAGCGGGCGCACAAGGCGCACCACAAAGCGCAGAAGGCGGAGCACGACGCGGUCGAGGACCACCAGAAGGCGAUCCGGCGGGAGGAGAAGCUCGCCGCCGAGCUGAUCAAGCUGCAGCAUGAGCACGAGAGUGCGAUCGCGACGAAGGAUACGCUCGCCAAGGAGGUGGCUGUUAAGCAGGACGAGCUCGCGCGGCUCGCGGACGAAGUCAAGCGUCUGCAGGUGACGCUGGAGAGAACGCAGGAGACGGCGCGAGUCAACACCGAGCGCCGGGAGCAGCGGCUCGCGGCGCUCACCGACAAUGGGAGCCAGAGCUCGCUACCGGCUGCGGCGGGUGCAGGCGCAGCGGCGGGC